AUGGACAACGUUCAACAUGAAGAAGUGCUCAAUUCUGACGGCUCACGGAGUGAAUACAGGAUCAAAGCAGAGCCCAUUGAGACACAAGCAUUAUAUAACAGCAUCCCGGAUUGGAGAGACACCGUGGAGGACUCCGAAGCAGUGGAAUUUGUUGGUAUGUUAAUAUAGACUUUUGGAAAUGAUUGGUAGAUAAAGUAAUUGAAACGUUUGUGUACUUUAAUAUUGCAGUAAAAUUAUUUAUUUUACUACUAAGAGAGCUUUGAAAAAAUUAAAUUUUAUUUAAAUUUAGGCAUGUUUUAGAUAUUAAUAUUCUUGUUUAUAUCGAAACAUCAUUUUAGACCAAGAAAACUGCGAUGUCUUGCAUACAACUGUCAAUUCAGACGUGGAGGAUAGUCAAAAUAGCAAUUUGUCUGCUAAAGCUAAAAAGGUAUGUUUUAUUUCAUUUUUUAUUUGAUUUUUAGGUACCAGAUGAAUGAUUGGCUUUGCUUCUUUAUGUGAGUGAUGUCUGGCCUUUUUUGGUUGAUAUUCUGUUUUAUUUUGGUUUUAUGGCGAACCUGAGGUCUUAGUUUAUUAGUCUUAGCUUAAGGUUUCUAUUUUUGAAUCUUAAAUGUUUUCUUUGGGUAUAAUUAGAACAAAAACCGUAUUUUUUACAUAGGACGCUGAAAUUUGCGCGCUAAUUUAAGGAUUGAAUAGAAAAGCACUCGCUCUCCUUAAAAGUUGUUUUGUUAUGGAAAAGCGGAAAGAAAAAGAUUAAUGGAAACAGAUUUUUGUAGCCAGGACACGUAGUUCUUUGAAUUUGAUUUUUUGCAUUUUGGGAUAAAAGGGCACUUUUUAGUUUUUCGGGUAUCAGUGGUUGAGAAAUCGAAAUUUAUAAAAAAAUGUGUCUACAGGUACUUUUUGGAUGAAAAGUUAAAGAUUUUAUUGUUGGUCUAUCUCUCAUUUCCCACUUUCAUGUGCUGUAACUAGGGAAACCGCUUUUUUAGGUAUCAACCUAAAAAAAUGGCAACUUAUAGCAAUGUAAAGAUUAUUAUAAUUUUUUUUUACCUUUGUCGAUAUUCCUUAUACGAAGAUUUCCUUUACUUCAAUAUUUCAGAAAAUGUACGAAGAGACGAGGGACGAAAUCAAGAAGUUUGUUCGUCCUUUUGUGAUGCCUUAUAUGGCCCAGAUGGAAGUGGUUAGUCAAACAGAACGAUCGUUAUUGUGGGACAAGAUCGUGCAGGAGAUUGCUGACGCCCAUCCUGAACUGACGUACCCACGUUUGAGAGAUUGUGUCUUGUUUGCUUGGAAUUAUCACAAGUGUCGUAUUAUGCUGAAGGUGAAGCAAGGAAAACUGGAGGAGUUGUCGGAGGUAUGUUGGGUUGGAAAUUGGUCUAGCUUUUAAUGUUUUAAGACUGAACGGGUUAUAGCUUUAGGUGUUUUAGUUUAAAAAAAACAUAGACGGAUUAUUGGUACAAUGAGAUAAGUAAAACACGGUUAUAAAUAUUUUUCGAUUUGUUAUUUAUAAAAAAUGACUUUUAGAUGGAUCAAGAGAUCUACAGGACCAUAACAGAAGCAAAAGACGGCACAAAUUCAGGUCUAAAGAAGUCUCCACAACGACCUUUGCCGCGAGAUGACCUUGGAAUUCGUAAUUGUCGAGCCAGAAGCAUCAGUAUGGCUCCAGAAGGCCGUGAUCUUCGAGCACGCUCUGUUUCAGUCUGGAGAUUUGAAGAUACCACUGAAGGGCUGCGAAAUGAUCCUUUGAGUAACGAUGAUAAGGUGGGUUUAUGUUUUUUAAGACUAUGUUAGGGUAGGUUAUUGAAUUUUGGGUACUAAGAUAAAUUUAUUUAUUUUUAGUAUUAAAUACUGUGUUUUUGGUAAAUAACAAGCUUGAUCUUGUCUUAUCUUAUUGUAAGCUUGAAAAAGCAAAUUCAAUUUUUAGUUCACAAUAAACCACAAGGUAUACCUGGUGUGCGAGUUUUACCUGAAGCUGUCGCCAAGAAUCCGAGGCACGCAGGUUUACGAAGCGAUUCAGGAAGAGCUAGAUUUGGAAUACGGAAUUCAUUUAACAAUCAAGAACAUUAAGGAAACUGUGAAUCGUUGCAAACUUCGGUCGAAGAAACGGCAACGCGAGAAAAUGCCGCUGAACUAUGUAAGUUAGGGUUUAGAAUGGUUUUUGAAAAUUUUAAUAUGUUUUUUAGUUUUUUAAUUUUUUUUGAUUUUUAGGUAUUAAAUUUUAAUUUUUUCAGACAUAUCAACUAAUGCUCGGAAUGAUUCCUCUGAACGACGAGAACCCAAUGAAGCGAGAAAUAUUGGCAAAGGUCCACGAAAUUGAAGCCCAACAAGGCCCCAGACCUACCAACAGGAGCAAACGUGCCAUUUCUGUAGCUCCUACCAGUACAACUGAACCGACUUCAACACCUCAAACCAAGAAGCCUGCGCCGAAACGUAAAUCAAGCUCAUCAACUUCAUCCUCGGCUUCAAAGAAUCGAAGACAAUCUGUGUCGAACGAUGCCCUUACCAGAUUAAACACAGCUGCCAAUUCGGGUAGAAGAAACUCGAAUGAUUCGAAUACCUCGGUCAACGCGAAUACUCCAACCUCAAGUAUGAGCAAUGGAAGGAGGAUGAAUAACUCUUAUCAUGAUUAUAGUGCCAAUGGUGAUAAUAACAAUGUGUUGGCUAGCGAAACUUGUAGCAACAAUACUAAUGAUUCGGACUCGAUGGGAGACAAAAAGGUAAAGUUUAGUGAAAGUUUGUGGAGUUUUUAUGUUAAGGAGGAGGGGUAAGAGGAUUUUUAUGGGACAGGGAGGACAAAAUCAGGCUUUUGAAGGGCACGUCAAGAAAAAGCUAACCUUCCGCUGGGUAUUGAACGGAAUUUUGGCAUUGUGAAAUAAGAAGAAAAAUAAUAUUUAGAGAAAAUAUUUUAUGGAUCAGACAUAAACAAAGCAGUAAUAACAAUAAAAAGACGACGAGAUCAAGCUUAUUCAAACAAAAAUCUGAUUGGUAAUUAAUUUUUUUCAUCGUGAACGGAAUUGGCGCCAAAAUUAUUUAACCAUGGAUAAUAUGAUAUCGUGUUUUAUUCAUAACUCAAAAACUACUCCUUAGAUUUUGGUGUUUUUGGUAUCAAAUUAAUCGUUAUUUUAUUCUAUGUCUACCUAUGAAGAGAUCUCUAGCCUAUUGCGUGCUCGUUGUAAAGUUAUACAUGAUUUUACGGUUUUAGACAACCAUAUUUUCAGACCGAUCAUAAACAACGGAUAAAGUCAAAUUGGCUAUAAUAGCUGUUGUAAAUAAAACUUUGGGUGUUAAAUAAGGUUCCUUAUAAAAAGUUUCUAUUAGGUUGUUAGGUAAGUCGUGGGCCCCCUUUCAACACAAAUGUUUGAAAAAUCAGGAAAAAAUUAAUAUAUAUCGCAAAUUGAAAAUUUUGAUGUCCUUUUAUAGUUUAAAACCUAUAUUUUCAGAAUAUGUAAGUUUCAAACCUCUUUUAAUUUUUUGUUUUGUUGUUUUAGUGGCCAGAACAUUAUAGGGCAAAUGACGACUUUGGGUAGUGAUGUAAAAGAGUACAAAACAAGUCGUAACGUUAAAACUACGGUUGGAUUCAUAAAUAAGACACAUGGACAAAGUAUUGUGAGCUACACAACAGCAAAAAUUUGGUUCCAAAAGCUUCCUUCUGGAGAUGAGACGCUUGAAGAAAAGUGGAGGUCCUGUAGAGUAGUUCUCUAUAAUUCCUUGAAACUUGGCCAAACCAUAACUGUUAGUACGUAUUCUAUUAAUAUUGACCAAAUGCGCCACUAUCUACCUUCAAAGUUGAGAAACAGAAGGUCAAUUAUUGUUCAUGACAGUGUCCGCCCCCACUUGGCAACGAUGACCGCAGAAAAACAACGGGUUUGGAUACAAAGUUUUUGACCAUCAUUUGUAUUUACUCGACAUGAUAGCUACAUAUUACCAUAUUUUCAAAUCUUCGACAGCAUUUAUGUGUCAGCGACAAUCCACUAAAGAUGACGAUUUCAUGGAAUCCAUCAAAAUUUUCUUAGGCUCUAGAAAUUCUGAAUCCUAUGCUACUGGGAUAAAAAUGCUUAAAAACGUUGGACACAUUGUGUUAAUGUUGAUGAUAACUAUUUUGAUUAAUAAUUCGUUCUUGUUGUAACGCAAAAAAUUUUUUUCUGAUACACGGUUAGGGGGGCCCACGACUUACCUAACAACCUAAUAUGUUAAUUGUCCAAUAACUAUCAGUAAAAAAUUGUCAAAGUCGAACAGGUUUUUUCUCUACUUGUUGCAGAAUGCCAACGAUUUUUCUCUAUGCGUGCGGUUUUCUAUUAUUUUUUCUUGACGUGAAGGGGUUUUUAUUCAUUUUUAAGGGUUUUUAAAACUUAUAAAAUGUUUGAUUUUAGCUGACGAAGCAGAACAUUUCCCUUCAAGACAUGAUGAGUUUGAUCAAGUUCUGCCGAGAAACGAAACAAACCUUCAGAUUCGAUGCGAAUGACAUUGUCUUCUCUGAUGAGUCACAAAUUGAACUGAGGUUCCCAAUGGAUCGGAUUACAAACUUUGUUCAACCGAUGUAA